AUGUCGAGGCGGAACUCCGAGAUCGGGUACCGCCUCAACAACAAGUCCCCCCCUCUGAAGCCAGACAACAUAUUGCUCACGCGUCCGAGCGAGGAUGCCCACUCGAAGAUCGCGGAUUUCGGCCUGGCGCGGACGAUCCUGAAGUCCCGCGAUUGCCGCACGUUCUGCGGCACGCCGCAGUACUUCGCGCCAGAGUUGGUGGACACUCUGCGCAACCAGGCUGAGGGGGUGCCACCAGGCGGCUACGGCAAGCAGAUGCGAGAACCGUUCAGGAAAGGCAUCUCUGUGCUCUGGGUGCCUUUUGCGCGGUUCGCCUUGGCCAGCGCCGCCGGCUUGAACUCGCACUUCGUCGCUGCACCUGGCUCCGCGCUCGCUUUUCUGAUGAAGUUCGCAGACGCUGCGAACUUGGCCCUCGAUUUCGGCAAGCGUCAGAUUGUAGGCUGCGGGGACAUGGACCUAAGUAUCUUGAAAUCGGUUCUGAAGGACACUGGAUAUCCCGCGGACAAACUUACCGCGGGCUCUGGGGCGGUGCAUUUGGGAGUCCCCAUUGGGCCCGACGGGCACUUGCAUGUCUGGGGCUCGGUUUUCCCCGCAUUCAGGAGCCGGGUCCGCCUCGCCCGAGCCAUGGGGAUUGGUCUCGAUCUCUCUGCCGUUGCAGGUCGUGUCAUGUGUGUCGCGCUCUUACAAUAUCGUCUGCAGCUGUGCCCUGUCAGCGGCAAGCUUAUCAGCAGUUUCAAGGAAAGGGCGUUGCUGCUCACGGUUGGCCCUCGAUAUGCGAUCUCUUACGAGCUUGCCACGCAGCUCCACGGCACUGGCCUGGGAGUGGAGUUCCUCGAUCUUUUUGCUACCGCAAAGGCCGCCUGUGCUCGCCUUGCUCUCCGUUCGAAGGCCGCGGAUACCUCUCUGGCGUUGCUCCAGAGUGAUCGCGACGAUCUCGAGCACGCCCCGCAUCGUUGGCACCGCGGGUGGAAUGCUAGCUCGUUGCUGGCCAACACAUGCAACGCCCUUUCUUUGCGCCGCUCGAUUUCACCGAACAUCGAUGUCCAGGGGGAAGCGCUGCAAACCAAAAUCCAUCGCCUCGCUCGGAAGCGCGACGAUUUCGAGAAAGCGAAGGCGAUCGCUGCGAGCCAGGAGUUUGAGUGCUGA